AUGAUUGCGGUAUUCUUUACCCUUUGUCUAGUCCACGCUCUAUACCCAAAGGAAGGCCCUGUGUUCGGGUAUUCAAAUGACGUCACUUUUGAAAUUAAGGUCAACGAGACGUGCUCUUUCGAUGAAUUCUACAAAGCAUUCCAAAGCUCUGUAGCUAGCGAAGUCCAACAAGUCGUCUAUUUUGUUGAUUACAACAUCAACACUGAUGAUUUUGAAAAGUUCACCACCUAUGAUGGGUACUCAGUCCUUAGAAGCGGAAUAAAACAAGCGAAGAGCUCGUUCGAAGGUGAGAGGACCAACGUGACGUUCGAACAGGUUAUCGAAAAAAUUGAUGAAACUAUCAACAACAAGGUGUUUGAAAACCGCACAGUGUAUCUUUUCAGUGACGCCGCAACACUCACAGACAACAUCUUACUCCCAUUCUCUUAUAAGACCAACGUCAAGUACGUCAACCAAGACUUUUACAACAUCACAGGGAAGGCUUUGAUCAUUUUCGCCUUCAGAAAUGUUGCGUCGUUCGAGAGGUUACAAGAAAACAAUGAAAUCAUGAGAUCAUUUUUUGCUAAAAACGAGAACACCACGCAGGCUGUGUUUUAUAGCACUUUGAGACUUGUGGAGAAGAAUACUAUUAACGAGGCGACAUGGUAUAACAUGGCGUCUACUGCUUUUAUUUUCACUAUACUCAUAUGGCUCAUCUUGAUGUGGUUCUUGCUCUACUUUAUGCUUAGAGUACAGAGCAUUGGUCCGGCUGUUCUUGGUAAGCCAAAAACAGACUAA